CUGUUCUUCUCGCCCCACCCCCGGCUCCCUCUCGAUUUGGACCUUCUUCCCAGGGUUCUCUUGUGCUUCUUUCCCAGUUUCCUCUGCGCGGCUGUGCCUAAACUCCAUUCCCCUCGCAUUUAGUCUAAGGGAGCUGCGUGCGUUCGCCGCGCGCUGCCCGAGGCGCAGGUCAACCAGAAUCAACAUGUCUGGGACUGAGGAAGCAAUUCUUGGAGGCCGUGACAGCCAUCCUUCUUCUGCUGGUGGCAACCCUGUAUUAUGCUUUGGUCAGUACCAAUACACAGCAGAAGAGUACCAGGCCAUCCAGAAUGCUCUGAGGCAGAGGCUGGGCCCAGAAUAUAUAAGUAGCCGCAUGGCCGGAGGAGGCCAAAAGGUGUGUUACAUUGAAGGUCACAGGGUAAUUAAUCUGGCGAAUGAGAUGUUUGGUUACAAUGGCUGGGCACACUCGAUCACACAGCAGAAUGUGGAUUUUGUUGACCUUAACAAUGGCAAGUUCUACGUGGGAGUCUGUGCAUUUGUGCGAGUCCAGCUGAAGGAUGGGUCAUAUCACGAAGAUGUGGGCUAUGGUGUUAGUGAGGGCCUCAAGUCCAAAGCCUUGUCUUUGGAGAAGGCAAGGAAGGAGGCAGUGACAGAUGGGCUGAAACGAGCACUGAGAAGUUUUGGGAAUGCACUUGGAAAUUGUAUUCUGGAUAAAGACUAUCUGAGGUCACUAAAAAAGCUUCCUUGCCAGUUGCCUCUUGAAGUGGAUUUAACUAAAGCAAAGAGACAAGAUUUUGAACCAUCUGUGGAACAAGCAAGAUACAGCAGCUGCCGACAGAACAUGGCUCUGGGACUCCCAAAACCACAGGAGGUGACCUCCCCUUGCAGAGCAAGCCACUCAGAUGAUCCCCAGGGGGAUAAGGACAGCAGAUCCCGAAGCCUGCCCUCCUCUGCUAUGGAGAGUGAUGCCACAUACCAACGGAAGCUCCGGCAAAAACAGUUGCAGCAGCAGUUCCGGGAGCAAAUGGAGAAACAGCAGCAAGUUCAACCAUCUGCUCCAUCAGUUGAAAAGAAGAAUCAGGCAGUGCUGCCGAUGCCUCCUUUGAAGCACAGCACUCCCAUAACUACUGUUUCAGAACCACUCACUGAGGACUUCCUUGCAGUCCUGGCAGACCAUCUUGAAAUGUGGGAUAUGGCUCCAGAUGCAGGGGACAGUGUUGUCAAGCCCUUGUCUAGACCAGAACCACCCCAGACCCCUGCCACACCAGUCCUGAAGAAUCAGAUGGUGACUUGGAACACGACCCCACAAAGCCUCUGCCACCAGAAUCCACAAGCAAAAUCUGGACCCUGGCACCUCCAAACUCACAAUGUUAACCAACACAUAACAGGAAACUGUGAUUCCUAUAGGAAGAACCAGGACAUGAAGAAAAGGAAAUUGGAUCCAUCUUAACUGAGGCUCAGGUCCCAUCAUUGGACUCUGUCACAAAGGGACUUUCGAAAACUACUUUUUGGUCGUGAAGUUGUUCAUCAUUCCUAGGGAAUGAGCUUUAUUUCCAAGGAUUUACCUUGCUUCAUUCUGAACUUUACCAGAGGAUUUGACCAUUGGGACCUACUGCAGAUAACGCUGAGCAGUGGGAAAACAAACACUUUAAAAAAGCUUGUCAUACACUGCAGUGGGGAGGAUCCAUGGAGAUUAAAUACCUUUUCUUUGGCUCUUGAGGCUCUUCACUAUUUAUUCCUAAACUACUAUGUUAAUAAAGAUAGAAAUUUUAGAAAUCACCAGUGGCUACCUGCCCUCAAGCAAUAUAAGCCAUACUACUAAGCACCAACCUGAACAACUGCCCACAUUAAAUUAUUAAGAGUCAUCUCUGCCUUCUUUCAUUUUCGGGCUCCAUGUUUUUAAUGUUGCUCACGUGAGUACUGUG